AUGGUCAAAACACGACGGGCGCACCGCAAAUCGCGUGGAGGAUGCAGGGAAUGCAAGAGACGACGGAUAAAGUGCAGUGAAGGAAAGCCUAGCUGCGCACAUUGCACCCGGCACCACGUAUCAUGCGUAUACGAUAUUCCCGGUACCCCGAUCCAGCCUGCUUCAUCCAAAAAUUCUCCGGCCCAAUCAGAAAAUCUUGCCAGUCGAUCGAGCUCCCCUGUGAGGCAUACUUCCAAGCCCCCUUACAUUGACUUGAGCCGCCCUCAGCACCUUUUCGACUUGAAAGAUAUGGAGCUCCUGCAUCACUGGAACCUUGUUACUAGUGCAAGUAUGGUAGACUCUCUGAGUGCGGCUGAAGUUUGGCGCAUUCACUUCCCGAGGAUUGCUUUCCAACAUCCCUACGUCAUGCACAGUCUUCUCAGUAUCGCGGCUCUCCACGUUGCCUAUCUCAACCCUUCGCGGAGACAAUCAUCAAUAAUACAUGCAGGCUGUCAUCAUGCCAAGGCAUUGGAAGGGUUUCAUGAGGCAAUAAACCAUAUUGGUGCGGACAAUGGCGAUGCUGUGUUUACAACCGCUACUCUAUUGUUCUUUCAUGCAUUCAUCACUUUGAGCCAACUUCGAUAUGAUUUUGAUCAGCAGAUUGAGGGUUGUUCUAGAGUGUCGCGCAUUCUCGGCGCGGAAUGGAUACCGCUACUUCGAGGUGUUGGCGCUGUUCUGCUUCCUGCGCUUGAACAUGUUCGUAGGGGUCCACUGAGCCCAAUGAUGGGCCUUGGUAACUGGGAGGCAGUCAACCCGGAUGAUCAUCCAACAGCCGACGACGAGAAACUGAGAGGCAUCGGACAGCUCUGGAAAGAUGACAAAAAUGCUGAAGUAUAUGAGACUAGUCUACAUCUUUUGCGUAAAUUUUGGGCGUGGAUGGUGCAACUACAAAACUCAGGGAGCAAUGCCAGCGGAGAAUGUGGCUACCACGGGAUAGGGUCGGGACCUUUUAUGUGGUUGUUCAUUACCCCGGAGAUGUUUUUUGACUUGCAACGACAGCGACAGCCAGCAGCACUGGUCUUAUUUGCUCAUUUCGGGGCCUUUCUGCAAAAGCUUAAUGGAUAUUGGUGGGCAGAGGGCUGCGGAAAGACUAUUGUAAGUGCCGUUGACGACUGCUUGGGCUCAUAUUGGGAGCCAUGGACACGCUGGCCCAAGGAGGUUGUGGGUCUUAUCUAA